UCUUCCAGCUCACUGCUGCAUCGGAGAAAUGACGAGGGUAGGCCGAGAUUUUGGGGACACAAUGCAUAAGGAUGCCUUUCCUCCAGUUUCAGCUGAUGUAACCUUUGCAUCGAGUCAAUUUCCUGAUUACAAAAUUGGACCUAACAAUCAAAUUGUGGAGGGAAAGCUAGACCAAAAGGUACUUUCAAUGAAGGAAGUUGUUGCACGCGAGACAGCACAAUUACUGGAACAGCAGAAACGUCUUUCAGUUCGGGACCUUGCCAGUAAAUUCGAGAAGGGGUUGGCUGCCACUGCUAAGUUGUCUGAAGAGGCUAGACUUAGAGAGGCAGCUUCUUUGGAAAAGCAUGUUCUUUUGAAGAAGCUUAGAGAUGCUCUUGAAUCAUUAAAAGGACGCGUGGCGGGCAGAAACAAGGAUGAUGUGGAGGAAGCUAUUUCAAUGGUGGAGGCUUUAGCAGUUCAGUUAACUCAAAGAGAAGGGGAGUUGAUGCAAGAAAAAGCUGAAGUGAAGAAACUAGCAAAUUUUCUUAAGCAGGCUUCAGAAGAUGCUAAGAAGCUUGUUGAUGAAGAAAGAGCCUUUGCUCGUGCUGAAAUUGAAAAUGCCAAAGCUGCUGUUCAAAGAGUGGAAGAAGCACUUCAGGAGCAAGAACAAACAUCACAGGCUUCAGGGAAGCAGGACUUGGACGAACUGAUGAAAGAGGUUCAAGAGGCUAGGCGAAUCAAAAUGCUGCAUCAACCAAGCAAAGUCAUGGACAUGGAACAUGAGCUUCGAGCUUUGAGAGCACAACUCACACAAAAGUCUGAAAAUUCUCUUCGCCUUCAGAAAGAGCUGGCAAAUAGCAAGAGGGGCUUGGAGAAAAGUUCUCAACCAUAUCAACUAGAUGGCUCUGAAGCUUUAGGUUCAUAUUUGCGGAUUAAGUCUUUGUCUGAUGAUGCAAUAGAACUUUCUACAUGCUCAAUUCAGUGGUAUCGUCUAUCGUGUGAUGGUGCCAACAAGGAGCUUAUAUCAGGAGCAAUAAAAUCAGUAUAUGCGCCGGAGCCAUUUGAUGUUGGGUGGUUCUUGCAGGCUGAUAUUGUAUUUAAUGGCCAAAGACUAACACUGACCACCGCUGGUCCCAUUGAUCCCGCUGCUGGUUUGGGAAGUUAUGUAGAGGCACUUGUGCGGAAACAUGAUAUUGAGUUCAAUGUAGUAAUCACCCAGAUGAAUGGUGUUAAUCAUCUGUCAGAAUCUAUUCAUGUAUUUCAUGUGGGAAGGAUGAGGAUUAAACUGUGCAAGGGAAAGACUACCGUUGCUAAAGAAUACUUUUCUGCUUCAAUGCAGCUGUGCGGAGUUAGAGGAGGUGGGAAUGCUGCAGCUCAGGCAUUGUUUUGGCAAGUCAAGCAAGGUCUUUCCUUUGUAUUGGCAUUUGAAUCAGAACGAGAGAGAAAUGCGGCCAUCAUGCUUGCGAGGAGAUUUGCUUUCGACUGUAAUAUCAUGCUAGCUGGGCCAGAUGACAGAGCACCUUUAGGAACCUAAGGGGCCUCCGUAGAUUUGUCCUUCUCGAAAUGUAACUAGAUUUUUUAUUUUUGUGUUUCCCCUGUUCUUAGCUAAUUAUUGAAUUUUGUUUUCCCUCUUGUAUCUAAAACUUUGUGAUAGCAAUGAUUUGUUUGUAAUUUGAUUUUAUGGUCUGAGAACAAUACUCUUCCUCGUUGGAAAGGUGAUUGCCACGGUGCAUACAACUCAUUUGUGUGUUUGAGGACUGGUUAGUGUACUUGCAUGAUCUGUACAUGGUUAAUUGUUGUAAUGUGAAACCCAGUUGAUUGCUCAUGUG